CAACUAUGGGACUAUGUCCAAAUUGUACAAACUUCAGUUGAUGACUGGAAAACUACCCCAUGGAGGAAAAUUGAUGUUGAGAAUAUGGAAAUAGAAUGUAAAAAAUUUGCUAAAGAAAUAAGAGCUAUGGAUAAAGAAAUGAGGUCUUGGGACACUUACAUUACGUUGGAGGCAAAUGUCAAAAAUAUGCUCACCUCUAUAAAAGCAGUUGGUGAACUUCAGAAUACAGCUAUUCGUGAAAGACAUUGGCAACAACUCAUGAGUUCAACAAAGGUGCGUAUUGUUAUGGAUAUUAGUACAACUCUUGCUGAUCUCCUAGCUUUGAAUCUCCAUGAAUGUGAAGAAGAAGUCAAAAAUAUUGUGGACAAAGCUGUGAAAGAAAUGUCUAUGGAAAAAUAUUUACGAGAUCUUGAAAACACAUGGUCCAAAAUGGAAUUUGAUCAAGAGUUUCAUGAAAGAACUGGAUGCACAUUGCUUCGUGCUAGUGAAGAACUUAUUGAAACGCUAGAAGACAAUCAAGUGCAGUUGCAGAACCUGAUAACUUCAAAAUUUAUAGCACACUUCUUAAAAGAAGUAUCUGCAUGGCAAGGAAAACUUUCAUUAGCUGAUACAGUUAUUACAACAUGGUUUGAAGUUCAAAGAACAUGGUUACAUCUUGAAUCUAUUUUCAUGAGUUCAGAAGAUAUUAGAAAAACACUUCCAGAGGACUCAGAAAGAUUUGAUCGUGUUGAUUCAGAAUUUAGG